AUGUCCGCCUCAUUAGAUAAAUCAUUAGAUGAUAUCAUUUCAUCUUCAAAAAAAUCUUUCAAAUCAAGAAGACCUGGUGCUAAAAUUGGUGGUGGUGCUAAAGGUAAUCAAAACAAAGUUGGAAAAAAGUUGGUUGGAAACAAGACUAAAAAGACUGCUACUUUUAAAAGACCAAAUGGUCCAAAACCUGCUGCAGCCGCUGCUGCUGCUGCUGCUGUUCCAGCAUUUGACUUGUCGUAUGCUACAAAAGUCAACGUAACUGGUUUACCAAAGGACUUGAAGCAAGACAAUAUUAGGGAAUUUUUUCAAUCACAAGUUGGUGGUGUUCAAACCGUGGCCUUGAGUUAUAAUGAAAGAGGUCAAUUUAAAGGUGUUGCCACAGUAAUUUUCAAAUCCAACAAGAAUGCCGCUUUGGCCGUUGAAAAGUACCAUGGUGCUUCUAUCGAUGGUGGUAAGGGAAAAUUAUCCUUGGAAUUGAUUAUCGAUACUACUAAGAAACCUCUUGCCGCUAGAAUUGCUGCUAAACCAGUGCAAAAAGCACAAGCAGCCAAGGCUAUCGAGAACAAAAAGAAGUUGUUGGUGAAGAAGGCAAAGAAACCAGCCAAGAAGCCCCAACAAAAGAAGAAAACCGUUGAGGAAUUAGACCAAGAAAUGGCGGAUUAUUUUGAGAGUUAG